CAUCGGUUCAUGAAUUGAGACAAUAAUUGGUGUCAUUUAUAGUUUUUGGUCACAUAUACCAAACAUGUCGACAAAUUUCUUGUUAACUCUACUUUUGGGAGCCGUAGCCCUCUGUCAGGGUGCCUAUACUGAAGGUCCGUUCAGACCGGCCGUUACCCGCAGUAUUGACGACUACUGUAAACACGAAGGGUUUAUCCCGGGACCCGAUCCCACCUCAUACUACAAGUGUGAGUACGUACCCGACCAGUGCUGGAAUAAACAGCUUGAGCACUGUCCAGAUGGUGGUACUUGGGAUGAGGUAACUCGACAAUGUAAGGCUAGAGCGACCACUACCACAACAACCACUACUACCACAACUACAACACCUAAGCCCACAACCACUACCACCACAACUACUACUCCCGUCCCGACCACUGUGACCGCUGGAUCAACAACCAGUAGUAUCGACUACUAUUGCAACAAGGAUAAAUAUAUGCCACAUCCCAGUGAUCCCCAUAAAUACUACCAGUGCGAAUGGAUCCCAGGCCAGGGCUGGUACCUCCAUGAGCGUACCUGUCCUGAACACACCUCUUGGGUUCAGAAGGACCUCAAAUGUGAUGGCACCGGUGUAUAAACUAAUGUGUUAUACACCAGGAUGAAAUAAUUUCUAAUACCAUUCCCAUAUAAUAUUAAUCUUAUAA